AUGGGGAAGGGUAACAAAAGCUUGGUGGGGUAUGAUUGGAAAGUUUUUCUAGUGCUAGCAGUGUCUUUAAACAUUGUUUUGAUAUCCAAAGUAGUGUAUCAGAGAGAUGGAGGUCAAGAAAACAAGAUUGGCAUGCUUUGUGUAGAUGCGGAAAGUGGUAAAUAUGGUGAUGUGCAUGUUGAAACACCGUCUCCUACAACCAUUUCUAGUAACGAUGUUCACAACGAUGUUGGGGAUGUUGGGGACGGUGCUGAUCACAGUGAUGCUCACGUUAUUAUUGAUCUUGAUCAUGGCAAUCCAACGAUGUACGAGGAGUAUUGGAGGCAGAUGGGCGACAAAACUACCAUUGUGAUACCUGGUUGGCAAUUCAUAAGCUACUUUUCCGAUAAAAAUAACAUUUGCUGGUUUAUGGAGCCGGAUUUUGCCAAGGCGGCUAUCAGGUUGCAUAAUUUGGUCGGAAAUGCCGCGACUCAAGACCGUUACAUGGUGGUAGGCACAGGUUCCUCACAACUCUACCAAGCAGUCCUCUAUGCCUUAACUGCCACAGACAAUUCUAAGCCAAUGAGCGUCGUAUCGGCUGCCCCAUUCUAUUCUGCUUACCCAGUAUUGACCGACUUAUUGAAGUCUGGACUCCAUAAAUGGGCUGGUGAUGCGUACAAUUACAGUACUAAUGAGCCGUACAUCGAGAUUGUCACUUCUCCUAACAAUCCUGAUGGCUCCACAAGACGAUCUGUGACAAGCGGAGAUAAACGAAUAUUAAUUCAUGAUCUUGCUUACUACUGGCCUCAGUAUACUCCAAUCACUCAUGGAGCAGAUGAAGAUAUCACCCUUUUUACCAUGUCCAAAAGUACUGGUCAUGCUGGGACUCGUAUAGGGUGGGCACUUGUUAAAGAUCCAGAAAUCGCCAAGAAGAUGACUAGAUAUAUCGAGAUCAGCACCAUCGGUGUGUCCAAAGAUUCACAGCUCCGAGCAGCAAAGAUUCUGCAAACUUUGUCCGAUCAAUAUAAUACCACCAACAAUGCUGAAGGGAAAGAGAGAUUCUUCGACUACAGUUACAACGUCAUGUUAAAGCGGUGGAAGGAACUUCGAGCAGCAGUAGAUAACAAUGAAAAAUUCAGCUUGCCGAAAUUUUCCCCUGAUAACUGCACAUUCAGGGGACAAAGUUUCGAGCCACAGCCUGCUUUUGCAUGGCUGAAAUGUGAGGAUGAAAGUGUAGAUGAUUGUGCAAAUUUUCUUCGAGGCCACAAUAUACUAGGCAGGAGCGGAAAAUACUUUGGAUCCAGCCCCAAGUAUGUGAGGAUCAGCAUGACGGAUAGCAACUACAAGUUCAAGAUUUUGACCAAGAGAUUGGCUGGUCUCAAGUCUUUAGAUAUCUGA